AUGGAAUCCGUGACUGCCCUCUUAGCAGAAUGGAACUCCUUCAGUGGUGAAAACGUCUCGGAAGAAGCCUUUUUUAUGUCACAAUUGCUCGAGAAUUUUCCUAUUCCAAAUGAUUCACCGAAUUCUUCCCUUUUUGAAAUCCCCCCCACAUUUUGGCCACACCAUGAACUUACCACGCGUCCUAAUGAGCUAGACGAAACUGCAGUGUACUUUUCAGAUAACACCUAUAGUAGUAACCCACAUUGUCCGUCACAAGACUAUAAUUCUUGUGAUGUUAGUGAAUUAGUUGUGGCACAACCUACAACAGAUAACAAGUUGUCUGCAAGCUCUAGGAAACGUUCUAGUAGCGUGGCAGAUGUUUCCGAGAAUAGGGAAAAGAUAAAGUGUAGAAAGAGUCAGAAGGUUGUUUCUGAGAACAACGAACAUGUAGCUGACCAUGAUGCCGUUUUUGGCCAAAUUAUGAAAUAUCAUGGAUCUGACAGUGAAUCAAGUUGGUCUCAGGAGUCAAGUAUUAGUCCAAGACCACAGCAGAAAAGUAUUAGUCUAAGACAAAGAGGGUCUGCAAUUCCGAACUCAAAUGGCAAGACAAAAGUCAAUAGGGGGUCAGCGACUGAUCCACAAAGUGUCUAUGCACGGAAAAGAAGAGAACGCAUUAAUGAACGGUUAAGAAUCUUACAAAAACUUGUUCCAAAUGGUACAAAGGUUGAUAUAAGUACAAUGCUUGAAGAGGCUGUUCAGUAUGUUAAGUUUUUGCAGCUUCAAAUCAAGCUAUUGAGCUCUGACGAUAUGUGGAUGUAUGCUCCCAUCGCAUACAACGGAAUGGACCUUGGGCUUGACUUAACAAUCCCAUCACCAAGAUGAUGAACAUAUCUGACUACCUAUGUUGCCGCAUUUCUCUUGAUUGAAAAAUUAAUUUUACAUUUUUUU